AGCUCUCAUAAAAAUAAAAAACUGACGGCUUCGCGUUUGUCUCUUCCCCUCUCUACUUCCGAUUCCAUCGCAAAUCGUCUCCGCCUCUAUCUCUCUCUCUCUCUCUCUCUCUCUAGGGUUUUCUCAGCUCCUCGUUUCCCCCAGGCUUACCUUCGUCGUCAUUCGCCUAAUCGUUUCUGAUUCAUGAGGUGACAUUUAACGAUGGAUUGCAAGGAGAACGGUGUUAGUGACCCUUCCGGGGAUGAGAAUCUUACCUCCGCUGCGAUGGACAUCGGUGGAAGCUUCUCUGAGAAGUCUAUGGAUUUAGUCACUAGUUUGGAGACUGCACAGGCUGCAUCAGUUAUAAACCCUGCGAUGGAGGAGGACCAGAGGGAGUGCUUUGUAGAGGCUGAGCAAAUGGGAGAGGGAAACAGUGUUGGUAAAGAACUUGAGGAAAACUCUGAUGCUGUUUGUUGCGUUGAUGCUGAGCAAGCUCAAGGAUCGGUUUCUGAUGCCAUUGUGCUUGGUGGUGGCGGCACAGUAUUGCCCAAAGGGGGCAGGGAAACAGAUGCUGAAUCGGGUUUUCUAAAUGAUGCACCUGAAAAGGUUGAGUCUUCGGAAACUGCUAAAGAUAUAGAGAAUGAUAAAGCUGGAAGUGAUGGUUUUGAUGGAGGAAAUAACGAACCAUCGAGUGAUGAUGUUUCUCUCAUUCGGAGUUGUCCCUUUCCAGAUACAGUAUUGGAUUCUGGGGGUUUGGGUUGCAGUGAGACAGAGAAUCGUGUGAAGUCUUCUAGUGAUGGUGAUGGCAAUAUCCCUCUCGUGGUGUCCUCUUCAUCAGCUGUUCCAGAAAUGUUAAGUAAUAGUGAUGGUGGUCUGCGCUCAUGUGAUCUUGAUGACAUCGUAGACAAAGAGACGAUCGAUCCAGAUUCGAGGUUGGUACAUGAGGAUGAGCUGCAUACUGAUCUUUCUGACAAGAAUGAAACACUGCUAAAGAACCACGUGGGGAAUACAUCAAGUGAAAGUGAUGUGGCUGGUAUGAAUGAUGAUGUGGCUGUGGUACAUGAGGAUGAGCUGCAUACUGAUCUUUCUGACAAGAAUGAAACACUGCUAAAGAACCAUGUGGGGAGUUCAUCAAGUGAAAGUGAUGUGGCUGGUAUGAAUGAUGAUGUGGCUGCUGAUCCGAGAGGUCAAAGUUUCAGUCGGACAUCACCUAUAGAGGAAAAUACCUCUGGUGUAGAAGCCAACGCCCCUAUUACCGACCCUUCUUUGGUGAGGAGUUUUCCGUUGAAGUUUGGUAAUGGAGUCAUUGGAGCUCGUAAUCCUGAAAACGCAGUGGAGUCGAUCAGGAUAGUAGAUGGCAAUGGCAGAAUAGGUGGUGAAGUUGCUUCUGCAUCUGGGACUAGCGAGUCUUCACCUCGAAGGAGGUCCCGAGUCGGUAAACAGGGUAAUCUUUCGCAGACCAAUCUGAGUGCUCCUCUUCCGAGAAAAUCCUCUAGAAAGAAACAAUCAGAAAGAAAUUUGGAAUCAAUUUUUAACUGUUCGAAGCAGAAGAGGAGCUCUGUUUCAAAACCAGACCGUUCAUCUCAGUGGGGAUUGCCAUGUAGGACCGCUGAAAUCUUCUUACAGAGCAAUAAUAUUCCUUAUGGUAGACCUCCGCAUCACGAAACAAAGCAACCUCAGAACAGUCCUAAAAAUGGAGAGCAUAAUACCCAAGCAUCAAGUGGCUCUUGCCUUCGUUUGAAAGUUAAAUUUGGUAAGUCAGGUGGCCAAAAUCCUUUGAACAUUACAGUCUCUAAGGUCAGUGGCAACUCUUUGCCUGCUGGUGGUAUUGUUAAGGCCGGAAAAGGUUUAGAGUUUCCAGGGCCUGCAGAUAUUGUCGAGGAUAAACUCCAGAUUGUGGAAACUAGAGAGCAGUUAAAAGAGAAAAACAAUCCCUUGGAGAAACUUUCAUGUCGGCUGUUAUCUGUUUCUAUUACGGAUGAGAAAAAGAACCAAGACGCUGGGGGGUUAUGUAGGAAGCUAGGUGGUGAUGUUUUAGAUGAGGGUACACACCUUUCCUCUAGUAUUGUGGUUGAAGAGGGCGAGAGGGCUAAUGGAACCCGGCCCCUAGACUCUGAAACUUCACCAGAUUCAGAAGUUAUCAACUCUGUGCAAAAGGAUUUGCCUCAUGGUUUUUCCAGCACUGCAGAAGACCUGGUCAACACGAACAGAGGAUUAGAAAAACAAGAUGAAUUGCUUGCUUCAGUAUCUCCUUUGGAAAAUGGUUCACAUCUAAUUCCCAACGCCAAAAAAGGUAAACAUCCUAAUAAGUCAAAAGGUAAUGGAACAAGAAAAGGGAACUCCAAGUCCAAGUCUGCCAAAGGCGGGAGAAAAAAUGAAUCUCACGAGGGGUUAGAGAAACACAGCUUUAUAAAUAGGAGUGCUGGAAGUGAUGAUAGUAAAGAUCAUGAAGUAGGAAGAGCGGAGUCUAACGAAACAACAGGUGCUCUUUUGGACGCUAAUAUGGGAAAAGCCUUUGCCAUUAAUGGCGCCAUAUCGCAAGAUGUUAUUCAUGGGGAAGCGGUCAUGGACCUUACUAUUGAGGAUAGCUCUCCCACAGAGAGUGCUUGGGUUCGAUGCGAUGAUUGUUUUAAAUGGAGACGAAUACCUGCUUCUGUGGUAGGGUCAAUUGACGAGAGCUCGAGAUGGAUCUGUAUGAACAACUCAGAGAAAGAAUUUGCUCAUUGCUCAAUCUCUCAAGAGAUGUCAAAUGAAGAAAUUAAUGAACAGUUGGGCAUAGGACAGGAUGAAGCAGAUGCAUACGACUAUGAGGCGGCUAAAAGGGGGAAAGACAAGGAACAGAAGAGCAAACGUUUGCCAGUUAACAAAAAGGCGUGCUUCAGGGCCAUAAAAACAAACCAGUUUCUUCAUCGUAACCGUAAAAAUCAAACAAUUGACGAGAUAAUGGUUUGUCACUGCAAACCACCACCUGAUGGUAGACUGGGUUGUGGAGAAGAAUGUCUCAAUAGAAUGCUUAACAUUGAAUGUCUCCAUGGUACAUGCCCUGCUGGCGAUCUAUGCUCAAAUCAGCAGUUUCAAAAACGGAAGUAUGUUAAGUUUGAGAGAUUCCAAUCGGGUAAGAAGGGUUAUGGCCUGAGAUUGCUUGAGGAUGUACGUGAGGGACAGUUCCUUAUUGAAUACGUUGGAGAGGUGCUUGAUAUGCAAUCUUAUGAGUCUCGUCAGAAGGAUUAUGCUUCCAUGGGUCAGAAACAUUUCUAUUUCAUGACACUGAAUGGGAAUGAGGUAAUUGAUGCUGGUGCAAAGGGAAAUUUAGGGCGUUUCAUUAACCAUAGUUGUGAACCAAACUGCCGUACGGAAAAGUGGAUGGUGAAUGGUGAAAUUUGCGUUGGAAUAUUCUCCAUGAAAGACCUUAAGAAGGGUCAGGAGUUGACAUUUGACUACAACUAUGUGAGGGUUUUUGGUGCCGCUGCCAAAAAGUGUUACUGUGGAUCAUCACAUUGCCGAGGUUACAUUGGGGGAGAUCCUUUGAACGGUGAUGUAGUUGUUCAAAGUGAUUCAGAUGAAGAGUAUCCCGAACUUGUGAUCCUUGAUGAUGACGAAAGUGGGGAAGGAAUCUUAGAUGCAACGUCUAAGAUCUUCAUGGAUGGUGCUGACAUGCAAAUGCCGCAGAACUCUACAAAGGUUGAUGAUUCCAAGGACCUUGCUUCUCAAUCGCCUAGCUCAGUAUCUGUAAAACUUCCAGAGAGCGAGGUUCUUCCAUCUUUUCAACCGACCGAAGCAUCCAAGGAACUUUCGACAGACAUGCCUGUCAUUGAUGUCCAGCAGGAGGUUCUUGAAAAGAAGACUAAAGGCGCAUCUCCCGCCUCCAAGUCUAUCAGCAGACUGUCCUCGGAUGGUGCAAAUUCUGAUAAGACAGUAAAGCAUGGAUCUGGUGAAGAUAUAAAGAUACUUUCACGACCCCGCCCUCGUACAAAAACUUCGCGUUCAUCGGGGUCCAGCAAGCAAGCUCUUCCUGGUGUUAACAAAGCACAGACUACACCAGUCAAAAAGUUGCAACAGCAGCCCAUCAAAUCUAAAGGAUCAGAGGAAGUUUCUCCCAGCGGGCGUAUUGAAACAUUUGAAGGGAAACUGAACGAGUUACUAGAUGCUGGGGGAGGGAUAAGCAAGCGGAGGGAUUCAGCAAAGGGCUACUUGAAACUGCUGCUUCUCACUGCUGCUUCCCGGGGCAAUGCCAAUGAAGGAAUUCAAAGCAAUCGAGAUCUUUCAAUGAUUCUUGAUGCCCUUUUGAAGACAAAGUCACGAACUGUUUUGGUGGACGUAAUCAACAAGAAUGGUCUGCAAAUGUUACACAAUAUCAUGAAACAAUACCGGAGGGAUUUUAAAAAGACCCCAAUACUCCGAAAACUUUUGAAGGUAUUAGAGUAUCUUGCCACGAGGGAUAUUCUUGCACUGGAGCAUAUAGUCAGACCACCUCCUUACGCAGGGAUGGAAAGCUUCAAGCAGUCUAUUCUAACACUCACCGAGCAUGAUGACAAACAGGUGCAUCAAAUUGCGAGGAACUUCCGAGACAGAUUUAUCCCUAAGCAUUUAAGAAAACCUUGGCGCAUCGACAGAGAAGAGAGAUCGGAGUCUAGAAGAUCACCUAUAAACAGCAGAUUCAGAUCAUCACAAGAACCUAGAUAUGAUCAUCAUUCGCCAAGACGUGCAGAACCAUUUGCCUCAAGGGCUGCAACUCCCGAAACACCUUCUGUAUCCGACGGGUGCAUACAACCAACCUCCUCCAGCCUUCCCGAGACAAAUGGACGCAAGCGUAAAAGCAGAUGGGACCAGCCGUCUACUUCCAAAGAGCAACGAACCAUGACAGAUGUCCAAGACGACCUUCCACCCGGGUUCUCAUCGCCUUGCACUGAUGCGCCUAAUGCAGUCACUGCACAGCCACAAGCAAAGUUCCUCUCUCGGUUAACAGUCUCCUAUGGGAUCCCGCUUAGCAUCGUUCAUCAGUGUGGUUUACCCUGCAAAGACGACCCCAGUAGCUGGUCCGUUGCUCCUGGGGUGCCGUUCUCUCCGUUUCCACCUUUACCACCUGUUACUCACGGCGAGUUUUUCGCUAAUAAGAGAAACGGAACAGUCUCGGACUCUCCAAAGCGGAAGAGAGAGUUUUCAUCUGAUAUAGGAACAAGUUACUUUCGGCAACAGAAACAGAAAGUUCCUCCAUGGAUACGAUACAACGGGUGGGAGAAAACAGCAAACAGCUCCAUACCUAGGCAUCUAACUUUAGAGAAGAAGAUCAACAAUCAAGAAAAUCUUGAAUUUAGAGAGAGAAGUACAUUCCAUGAAAGUUAAAACAAUGCAGCUCUUGAUGAGAAUUACAGUAAAGUCCUCUUCAGGGGAAUCAUGUGCUUUUCUUCCCCCUUUUGGUAUAUUCUAAAUUCUUUUGUUUAAUGACUAAAAGCCAGAAAAAAAAACACUUCAUUUUAUGAGUAAAAGUUAUAUUUCACAUUC